AUGCACACUCCCCGAGUGACCCGCAGAGAACAUUCAGCAUCGCUAGGGCGCCUCGGCAACUGGCAACGACUUACUUGCAUUUCAACAAGCUCAGCGGUCUCCAUUCCGCCGGCGCUGGGAAAGCUCGCAGCGCUUCAAGAUCUGAACCUCGACGGGAACCAGCUAAGCGGGCCUAUCCCGCCGGAGCUGGGCAAGCUAACAGCGCUGGUGCAGCUCCAACUGUGGAACAACCAGCUAUCCGGGUGCAUCCCGCCGGAGCUGGGAGCUCUCAGCGAGCUGCAGGUGCUGGCCCUCCACAACAACAAGCUGACAGGUCCCAUCCCUGUGGAGCUUGGACGGCUCGCCGUACUGGAGUACCUCUGCCUUGGAGGGAACGAGCCAACUGGUGCCAUCCCACCGGAGCUGGGGAACCUGGCAGCACUGCAAACGCUUAACCUCCGGUGGAACCAGUUGAGCGGGCCUAUCCCGCCGGAGCUGGGCAAGCUAACAGCGCUGGUGCAGCUCCAACUGUGGAACAACCAGCUAUCCGGUGCGAUCCCCGCUCAGCUCGGCGCUCUCAACAGUGUAACGUGGCUCGACCUGUCCGACAACCAGCUCAGCGGCCCCAUCCCGCCGGAGUUGGGGAAGCUUGCAGCACUGGCGACGCUCAACCUUCGGAAUAACCAACUAACUGGCCAUAUCCCGCCUCAGCUCGGACAGCUUGGCGCCCUGAAGACCCUCGACCUCUCCAUGAACAAGUUAGAUGGCCAUAUCCCGCCUCAGCUCGGACAGCUUGGCGCCCUCAAGUACCUCUUCCUCUCCGGCAACAAGUUAGAUGGUGCCAUCCCACUGGAGCUGGGGAACCUGGCAGCACUGCAAGCGCUUAACCUCGGGUGGAACCAGUUGAGCGAUUCAUCCAUGGAUCAAUGCUAG